GGAAUUUCUUGCUUGGAGCUCAGACAACAAAGGCAUAGAGAGAUUGGUUUUCUUUCUCUCAGCAUCUCCACCCAACCAGCAGAAAACCGGUCUCUGAGGUUUGACCAAAAUAUGGAACUUGAUUUUGGACACUUUGACGAAAGAGAUAAGGCAUCCAGGAACAUGCGAGGGUCCCGGAUGAACGGGCUGCCUAGCCCCACUCACAGCGCCCACUGUAGCUUCUACCGAACCAGAACCUUGCAGGCACUGAGCAAUGAGAAGAAAGCCAAGAAGGUACGUUUCUACCGCAAUGGGGACCGCUACUUCAAGGGGAUUGUGUACGCUGUGUCCUCUGACCGUUUUCGCAGCUUUGACGCUUUGCUGGCUGACCUGACUCGAUCUCUGUCUGACAAUAUCAACCUGCCUCAGGGAGUGCGUUACAUUUACACCAUUGAUGGAUCCAGGAAGAUCGGAAGCAUGGAUGAACUGGAGGAAGGGGAAAGCUAUGUCUGUUCCUCAGACAACUUCUUUAAAAAGGUGGAGUACACCAAGAAUGUCAAUCCCAACUGGUCUGUCAACGUAAAGACAUCUGCCAAUAUGAAAGCUCCCCAGUCUCUGGCUAGCAGCAACAGUGCCCAGGCCAGGGAGAAUAAGGACUUUGUGCGCCCCAAGCUGGUGACCAUCAUCCGCAGUGGGGUGAAGCCUCGGAAGGCGGUGCGUGUGCUUCUGAACAAGAAGACAGCCCACUCAUUUGAGCAAGUCCUCACUGAUAUCACUGAAGCCAUCAAACUAGAGACCGGAGUUGUCAAAAAACUCUACACUCUGGAUGGAAAACAGGUAACCUGUCUCCACGAUUUCUUUGGUGAUGAUGAUGUGUUUAUUGCUUGUGGUCCUGAAAAAUUUCGCUAUGCUCAGGAUGACUUUUCCUUGGAUGAAAAUGAAUGCCGAGUCAUGAAGGGAAACCCCUCAGCCACAGCUGGCCCAAAGGCGUCCCCGACGCCUCAGAAGAGUUCAGCCAAGAGCCCUGGCCCUAUGCGCCGAAGCAAGUCUCCAGCUGACUCAGGUAACGACCAAGACGCAAAUGGAACCUCCAGCAGCCAGCUCUCUACCCCCAAGUCUAAGCAGUCUCCCAUCUCUACGCCUACCAGUCCUGGCAGCCUCCGGAAGCACAAGGUAGACCUGUACCUGCCUCUGUCCUUGGAUGACUCAGACUCACUUGGCGAUUCCAUGUGAAAGAGGAGAGUGUUCAGAGUCCAGAGUACAAAUCCAAGCUUACCAUUACAGUAGGGUACUUCUGCUCAAGUGUCCAACAGGGCUAUUGGUGCUUUCAAAUUUUUAUUUUGUUGUUGUUAUUGUUUUAAAAACACACUGUAAUAUGUUGGGUUUAUUUUUCCUGUGAUUUCUCCUCUGGGCCACUGAUCCACAGUUACCAAUUCUGAGAGAUAGAUUGAUAACCAUCCUUUGGGGGUAACCUUCCAGGGAUGCAAAAUGUGCUAGUCCGUGACCUUUCUAUGGAAAGCUUAGGCACCUGCAUUAUAUUUGCCCCGUCUCACUUUGCUCAUAUGCUAUAGUCUUUCUUCUGUAGAGUGCUGUUUACAUACAUAGCACUUAACAAUGUUUAUGUGGGGAAAAAAGCUCAUUCAUUGGCAGAUCCAAGAAUGACCAACACAAGUACCCCACAUCUCUCGAUCUCAAGGAUGCUGGAGGAUCCCAGGAGGACAGCAAGGCAGCUCCCCAGCUUUGCUUUUCCCUCCUGAUUGAGCCCUGGUUUGUUGUCCAGCACUAAGUCUGGCUGUCAAGGGGGAGAAUCACCAGCAACUUAUAACUGCGACACCAGAUGUUUAGGACUCCGGUGCGGGGCUAGCUAAAACAGACUAGGCAGAAUUGGUAAUUAUAGCAGACAUUUCAGUAGAGUUUAUAAAGCACAGAUUCCUGGUCAACCUCUCCACUGGGGCAAUUUGGAAUCAAGAAGCAAUCGAUAAAAGUUUGGAGUAAGAGACUUCAUAUGCCUGAUUCCUGAAGGAGGCUGUCUAACAUACCAAGUUAUUACAUGAACUGUAUGGUAUCCAUCUAUCUCUGUUCUAUUGAAUGCCUUGUAAACAGCCAACACUGAAAACACUGUGAGAAUUUGUUUUCAGGUCUGACACCUUUCAGUCGCUUUUUAUAGCAAGAAACCAAUAUCCUUUUUAUAAAAACUUGUGUCUGUAUUUCAGGAGCAAACUCUUCAGGCUCCUUUUUUAUAAACUGGUGAUUUUUCUUUUGUCUAAAAAACACAUGCAGAAAACUUACCAAAAAAAUGCAGAAGACUAAUGUAGUUUAGAAAACAUGCUGUCACUGCCAAACAGAAACCUCCAGGAGAAAACAAAAUGAAUAGCAGAGGCCAAUUCAAUAGAAUCAGUUUUUGAUAGCUUUUUAACAGUUAUACUUGCAUUAAUAAUUUCAAUGUGGACCAGACAUUCUAAUUAUAUUUUAAAUGAAAUGUUAUGGCAUAUUUUAAGCAACUCUUUUUUAUCUACAAUCCUAAUAUUUCAUACUGAAGACACAAAAACCUUUCACUUGUUUUUAACAUUUGAAAGUUGUUCUCUUUACUAAGGACUGAUCAUUUGAAAUAGUUCUCAGUCUUUGAGAUACAGGUUCAUAACACAGCUUUUUGUCUGUAAUCAUAGCCCAUAAUGGUAGAGACAACUAAAUUUAAGUGAAAGCCAUGCAUGCCAAUUCUGUGUUUGCUUUUAGCAGAUAUGAGAAUUUCUUCAUUUCCUUGUAAUUGUUCAGAUAUUUUGAAAGGUGCAGCAUUCAAAGCCAACCUGCCGUUUGGCUACUGAAUGACUUGCAGUUGUUCCUCCACAAUGGAAUGAGCUUGCUGUGUGUGUAUAUGCAUUUGCAGUUGCUUCAUAACUAGAAAAUACUACAGGACACCCCAACAUGGAUUGGUGGCAACUUGAGGGCAUUGCUGAUGUGCACUGUGUAGGGGGGAACCCAAUGGUGAAAGGGGUAGCUUAGAUGCCCCUAGAAAAGUUUAAGAUGUCCUCAGUUACCAGAAACAUUUUUGGUUCAGGAGAAGUGAGAUGAUAGUAGCACUGGUUUCUGGUUAAAUUGGUCAUUGAAUAACCCAAAUCAUGAGAAUCUCUCUCUACCCUCCUCCUUUAUUGGUAGGCCCAUUCGAAACUAUUAAGAAGCCCAUUUUACUCAGCCCCUAUUUCUUUCUGGAAGCUCAGGGUUUUCUCAGUGCCUCUCAGAACAGAUUUUAGUUUAGAGGGAAAAGGUGGUACUUGGGAUUAAGGGGUGGGGCUAGAGAUUGGUGAGACACCUGUUUUUAAACUCUAGGCCAGACCCCCAAAGACUCCAACCAUAAAUUCUCUCUAGAUCUCAUUUUGUCCAAUACCUUCAUUUUAAGAUGAGGAAACAAAGGCUGGUAAAAUGUAUGACCAGAGGAAGAAUCUGGAUUUCCUCAUGCCAAGGCCCCAUAUUAGCUCUCUGAGCAUUUCCUUGAUUGUGGCAUAUGUACCACUAGAAAAUACUAAAUGGACAUAUUUUUUUAGAAUGAACUUUGAACCAACAAUCUUCUAUAACAAUAGUACCCUUUCCAUAGUUCUUGUAAUCAAUUAUAAGGGACUGUUUCUAUACUGCCACUUCACGGGGGUUUGGUAUAGUUCAAAAUUCAAGUCUCCAAUAAUCACAUUUUAAAUCGGCCCAUUUUCAAGGCAAAAAAUAUUUUGUGUAUAACUGAGCUCCUUCGCCCUGUCAUUCAUUUCCAAUUUUACCCAAUCCAGUUCUACCACUCAAGUCCCAUUGUGUUAACUUCUGCACAGUCAGCAAACAUCAAGUCAGCAAGCAUUGGCCACCACUCCCUACGCUUUUUCCUCCCUCUUAAACACACACACACACACACACACACAUGCACACUCCAUCUGUUGCUUGUUCCUACCUCCUGAUUUUUCUUCCCUACGGAAAUAGAAAUAGGGACAAAGAAGGGGAAAAUGUAUAUAUGGGGGCUGGGCUGAACAACUAACUUCAUAAGUAGUGUUAACUAGGGGUAAAUUGAGAGAAAAGCUCCUUUUCUCUUCACUGUUUUGGAAAGGAUAGCCAUUGGCAUGACUGCUUUGUGUCCUUAUGGACUUUAGUAUUAGCUUAGAUUGAAUCAUAGAGUUUUCUAGCUGGAAGGAACCUUAAGAUCACAUCAUCUACUGCACACUCCUCAUUUUUAAGGCCAGGAAACGAAGAUACAGAGGUAAAGUAAUUUCCCCCGAGGUCACACAGCUGGCUAGGGGCAGGGCUGGGAUUAGAACCCACAUCUCCUGGCUCUUAUUCCAGGGCUUUUUCCCACUAAAUAGUAUUGCCUUCCACUAGGCUCCUGAGAAUUCUUUCCCAGGGUCAUGUUGCAUCUUGGAGCCAUAUGCUGUUGCCCUGAUCUCAGCGGGAAAUCUACCAGCAACCUAAUACAGGCCUCUUUCCCUGCAUUCACAUGGUUCCCAUCUGCAUGGGUCGCAGAUGUCCCUGAAGAGAGGGAGGCAUUGAAGACCAAUAGGAACAAUUGGGUCCUUAGCCCUGUCCAUCCAUCUGACUCAGGGGAUCAUUGCCCCAUCUUGAGGAGCUUUCUGAAUAGACCGUCAAACUCCUGCCAAAUGGAAUGGAGGAAGCUCACCUCAUGUCAUCUCCAUGUCAACCUGGCUGAUCUUUCCAGGCUGAGGGAAAUGUUUCUUCUUUCUAGAGCAGGGAAAAGAAUAAAGGAAGAGUGAAACAAUAGCUUUGUUCAGCCUGACUUUCUGAGGUGGCUUUUUAGCAUUUUUGAAAAAUGAAUGUGGCUACUGUGCAUUGGUAAUGAUUUCUUUUAAAAUAUGGGAGUGAGACAAACUAGAGGAAACAACCUGGUCUUGCUGUGGUUUCCCUCAUCCACAAUGUCCCCAAAGCCAUCCUACCCUGAUGGGGAAAAUCUCCAGGUCUAAGCAAGGGGCUUUGAGACUAAAAUGUACCCUGGCUGAUGUUAAACAUUAGAUCCUUGUGCUUGCACCAAAAUGGCAAGCUGUGUGCUCUAUACACCAUACUCAUCUUCUUGUGCACACUGCUUCUGUGGCCUUCCAUGGCAGAAACCAGGGAAAUAAGUUCUGAACACAUAGUUUUCCUUGCAACAAGGCUCUUUCUGGGAACUAAAGGGUAUUUAUUAAUUCAGUUUUAAGAGACCUCCUUUUGGGCUUACCCCAUUCCUCAGGUACUUCUCUCUCCUUUCUGUUUCCCCUCUCCAAUCAGAAGUAAUGAAAGAAACAUUAAGUGGAUGUGUAGCUAUCUGAAGAUGGCGAGAAGAGGGUCUGAGCUCUUAGAUUCUUUUUAGAAUAACCUAGCUGAAGUCUUACACCAGCAAUCCAGUCCUUGCCUCUGAUAAUAUUGUGUCUGUGUGUUCCUAGUCCCUCCCUUCAAAUUUAAUUCAAAUGGCUCUUAUUUUUUAGAAAAUACAUAUCUCUAGGACAGGAGAACAGUCAUGCCCAUGUCCCCAAAAUGUGCUCUAGCACACUGGUGGGAAUGUUCCCAAAGAUCAGCCCACCUCAGAAACAUCUGUGCCGAGACAAAAGUACUGGGACAGUGUGGUUUGAAUGACCUCCUUCAUGGUGGUCCAGUUUGCUAUGGAAAUAAAAGGCACUGGAUUUUUCUUUCCUUUCUUCCUUAUUUUUUUGAAAAGGCGAUUGGAACCUGUCCUUGACCACAUGGGGCCACUUGGAUCCAUGGCUAGGCCUUGCUCAUAUAUUGCUGUCACUGAAUUAAGGGAUUUGGCUUUUAGGCUCAGACUGGUGUUUUGGAGCUCAUCUGGGUUGGGGAGGGGCUGGAGGCCUGUGUUUUCGGAAAUGGAACCCAGAGAGGGCAAAGGCUGAGGCCUGGCCCAGCCAUUGAUAAUCAGGAGUGAUCUGGGACCUCUUUUAUAGCAAUAAAGCUUUGCAAAUGUUAAGCUUCCUGGGUCUACUCGUAUGGAAUUUAGAAGCUGUCACUUCUGCCUCUGGACUAAGAAGAGGACCUCAUAUGUAGUGCCAUCCACUGUUCUAUGAGUCCAUGAAGGUUUUCCUCUUCCUUGCAGGCGUGACUACCAGAAGCAAGGAUAGUGCAUCUCCAACAGGUUUUCUGGCUGUUGGUGGCCCAGUUCCAGUCUAGUGCUAUUAACACUCAGUAGAUUAUCCUUAGUCAGCCCCUGAAGACUGUGAUUAUGGACCAAGACAACACAAGCCAUUUCUUAAAAAUGAAUUCCCAAUUUUAUUCUUCCUCUGGCUAGCAGACCUCACUUCUCUAGGAGACAAAAGGCUGGAGGUUCUUGUUAAAUAGCAGCCAAAACACAUAUGCAAGGAGGAAAAUACAUUUCUAACCCUACAGAGCACUGACUCCAGAAGGUGACCUACUGUGGGCUGGGACUGUUAGCAGUUCUCCUAGCUUCUUCCAUGUUCUCUUCUUGAGACUGGAAAGCUCCUUCUUCAUCAGCCUGGCUUUCAGUAUGCCUGGCUGAAGAAUACUGUCCCCCAAUCCCUUCAGGAAAAGGUGCCUUCCUUCUCUGUCUCCUAAACCCUGGUCCCCAGAGUUUGCUUCCAUCCCCAAAAGUCUAGUGUGAUCUUUACACCCAGCCUCUUGGUGUUUCUUCCUGCUUGUUUCCUCAUUAAGGAUCUAUGCAGCCCUCCCACUUUGGCCUAGCUAGUGUGAUGUUGGUUACCACUUGACAACUCUAACUUUUUAUCCCUUAGUUUGUUGGCUUCAACAUCCUCUGAAAUCAGAGGUUUUUUUUUUU